AAACAUGAACACUACUUCCUCCUCGAAGGGCUAUGGUCAAGCGUAGUUGUCAUGUCACGUUAGAGUAAACCUUCACCAAAAUACCUGAUUGCUCAUAACGUCAUUUAGACGUCUCGUCUGUCAAAAAAAGAAAUGGCUCUAAUUCAUACGAUUACACUGUGGGAUAUUACAGUGUGGACUGGAUAUCUGGUGUUUGCUGGAGUCGCGGUGGCUUUCGUAGCGUUUGUUGGUUUCGUUCUUUACACAAAAUAUGUGCAUCGAAAGUUUGAUCAUAUCCCAGGACCACCAAGAAAACACUUCCUGUCUGGACAUAUGGUACCUUUUCUGGCAGACACAAGAUCUGGUCGUAAUAUAAGCGACACAUUUCUGCAAUGGGUAACUGAAGCAGGUGGGCCUGUCUGCAGACUUAACUUUUACUUUGCUGUUGUUCUCCUUGUGACCUGCCCUGAGGCGACCAAGGAGAUUCUGAUGUCACCAAAGUAUGGUAAAGAUCCAUACGGGAACAAGCGUCUUUCCAGCAUGUUUGGUGUCAGAUUUCUUGGAAAUGGCCUACUGACUGCUAUGGAUCACAAUCAGUGGCACAAACAGAGGAGAAUUAUGGAUCCUGCUUUUAGCAGUUUAUACUUACGUGGUCUGAUGGGUGUCUUUAAUGAGAGAGCAGAGUGCUUGAUGGGAAAACUGGAAGAGUACGCUGAGAGACAGGCUCCUGUUCAAAUGGACAAGCUAAUUAACACGUUCACCCUGGACGUGAUUACCAAGGUGGCCUUUGGAGUAGAUUUAGACUUAUUCAAUUCAGGUGACUCUCCAUUCCCUCGAGCCAUUGAACUCUGUCUCAAGGGCUUGGUCCACUAUACCCGAGAUCAAGAAUUUGAGUCUCAGCCUGAGAAUAAAAAAGUUGUUGAGGAGAUAAAGGAAGCCAUACUGCUUCUCCGCAAAACGGGAAAGACCUGGAUCGACGAGAGGAGAAGAGCAGUUCGGAAUGGAGAGAAUGUGCCCAAGGACAUUCUUACACAGAUCCUUAAAAGUGCAGAAGAAAGCAAUGAGGAUGAUGAAGAAACCAUUCUGGACAACUUUGUCACAUUCUUCAUAGCAGGUCAAGAAACAACCGCUAAUCAGCUUUCAUUUGCUAUCGUGGAACUUGGAAGACAUCCAGAGAUCCUAAGCAGGCUAACAGAGGAGGUGGAUGAAGUGAUUGGGAUGAAGCAGGAGAUCAGCUAUGAAGACCUGGGAAACCUCACCUACCUAACUCAGGUGCUGAAAGAGACACUGCGGUUGUACCCUACUGCUCCAAUGACAACUCGCCGUCUACCACAUGACAUGGUCAUCGAUGGAAUGAAGAUCCCAGGAGGAUGUGUGGCUAUAUUCAGUUCAUACGUGAGUUCAAGGCUGGAAAGAUUCUUCAAAGAUCCACUGACGUUUGAUCCAGAGAGAUUUCAUUUGAAUGCUCCUAAGCCUUAUUUUUGCUACUACCCCUUCUCCUUGGGCCCACGAUCCUGCAUUGGGCAAAACUUUUCCCAGCUGGAGGCAAAGGUUGCGCUGGCUAAACUGGUGCAGAGGUUCGACUUCAGCCUGGUGCCGGGACAGUCUUUUGAGAUCAAGGACUUGGCCACUCUGAGGCCUCAGAAUGGGGUCAGAUGUACGGUCAAACUGCGGGACAAUGCCUAAGCCACAGUACAUAAGCCUACUUUAACAGGCUACAUUACUGCUAUGAAAACACAAUACGUUGUUGUUAACUAUAACUUUAUUCAAGUCGUUCAUUAACCAUGUAAUAAAAUGAAAACAAUAGCCUUUAUUGCUCAGUCUUAAAUUCCAGUCACACUUACUAAAUGCUACUUGAUUUCAAGAUGCAGGUUAUGCUAUAUUAGACUGUGUAGACAUUUAUAUGCUGUGUAUAUGUAUACGACAUAUUGCCAUGUUUUCAGGUCAGUAUUUUGUUUAGGUUGAAGAAGAUAAUGUAUUUUGUUCUGUGGACAUGAAUAUAAUGAAUACUGAUUAAAGAAAA